CGUCCUCCAUGCGCACAUAGGUGUUAGGUUGUUUUACCUUGGUAGUGAAGAAAGGUAUAGUGUCAUUGUAUUAUCAUCUGGAUAAUGAGGGCGAGGAAUGACGCGGAAUGACACAAGUGAGUGAGAGAAGACUGAAGGAGCCAUGACUGUGAGGGACGACUGAGGUAGUUAACACACCAGUGAGGACCGUCUCCCACCACCAACCUUAACACUAAUUUUUAUUCUCUCUUCUGUUACCCUCACAACAACCACAACCACUGGGAUCUACACAUACGGCGAAAUGUCGGGUCAACGUGGGGGUUUAGGGGGAGGCAGCAGUAGUAGUGGUGGAGGUAGCAGCAGUGGCAGCAGCAGCAACAAUACCAACACCAGCAGUAACCCACACGGGUUAAAACAAAUUGACUUAGAUCAAAUAUGGGGUGAUCUAAGACAAGGCAUUGAACAGGUGUACAACAGUCAAGAGAUGUCAAGACCUCGCUACAUGCAACUCUACACACAUGUUUAUAAUUACUGCACCUCCGUACACCAACAGUCUACAAAGUCUGGCAGUAGUGGUGGGCCACGGGGCAAAAAGAGCACAGCCGCAGGUGGUGGUGCUCAGUUUGUUGGCCUGGAGUUGUAUAAGCGCCUUAAAGAUUUUCUCAAGAAUUAUCUUGUUACAUUAAUGAAAGAUGGAGUAGAUCUGAUGGAUGAAGAAGUACUGCGGUUCUAUACUAGACAAUGGGAAGAGUAUCAGUUCUCUAGUAAGGUUUUGAAUGGUGUUUGUGCCUACUUGAAUCGGCACUGGGUGAAGCGUGAAUGUGAUGAGGGUCAUAAGGGUAUCUAUGAAAUUUAUCAACUCGCCCUAGUUACUUGGCGGGACCACCUAUUUCAGCCACUAAAUAAACAGGUAACAAAUGCAGUAUUAAAACUAAUUGAACGUGAAAGAAAUGGCGAGACGAUCAACACAAGGCUGGUGUCCGGUGUGAUGAACUGCUACGUUGAGCUAGGUUUAAAUGAAGAUGAACCCAGUGCAAGAGGUCAGAACUUGUCUGUAUACAGAGAAUCAUUUGAAAACACUUUCCUGGAGGACACAGAACGUUUCUAUACCCGGGAAAGCACAGAGUUCCUUCGAAACAACCCAGUCACAGAAUAUAUGAAAAAGGCUGAAACAAGACUUCUAGAAGAACAACGACGUGUUCAAGUUUACCUUCACGAGACCACUUUAGAGAAGCUGGGUAAAACUUGUGAGAAGGUCCUCAUUGAGAAGCACCUGGAGAUAUUCCAUAAUGAGUUCCAACAUCUACUCAAUGAUGAUAAAAAUGAAGACCUUGCUAGAAUGUAUCAACUUGUUUCCAGAAUACCAGAUGGUCUGCGUGAACUUCGAACACUCUUGGAGCAACACAUUACUAACCAGGGCUUGGCAGCUAUUGAUCGCUGUGGUGACUCGGCUGUUAAUGACCCAAAAAUAUAUGUACAGACCAUCUUGGAGGUUCACCGCAAAUACAAUUCUUUGGUGCUAACUGCAUUCAACAACGACACAGGCUUCGUCGCAGCUCUGGACAAGGCGUGUGGUCGCUUCAUUAAUAACAACAGUGUAACUAAACAUCCCAACUCAUCAUCAAAAUCUCCAGAGCUCUUGGCUAAAUACUGUGACUUGCUACUUAAGAAAUCUUCUAAAAAUCCUGAGGAAGCUGAAUUAGAAGACACACUUAAUCAGGUUAUGAUCGUAUUUAAGUACAUAGAAGAUAAGGAUGUUUUCCAAAAGUUCUACAGUAAGAUGUUGGCCAAGAGAUUGGUACAACACAUGUCUGCCAGUGAUGAUGCGGAGGCCUCAAUGAUAUCCAAGCUGAAGCAAGCUUGUGGUUUUGAGUAUACGUCCAAGUUACAGAGAAUGUUCCAGGAUAUUGGUGUGUCGAAGGAUCUGAAUGACCAAUUUAGGAAACACCUUGCUUGCAGCAAUGAGCCUUUAGACUUAGAUUUUGCUAUUCAGGUUCUGUCUUCUGGGUCAUGGCCCUUCCAGCAGUCCCAGACAUUCACUCUCCCUCAUGAGCUGGAAAGAAGUGUGUCCAGAUUCACAACAUUCUACUCCAGCCAACACAGUGGUCGUAAGCUUAAUUGGUUGUUCCAUCUUUCAAAGGGUGAAAUUGUUACAAACUGCUUCAAAAAUAGGUACACUCUACAAGCAUCAACGUUUCAAAUGGCUGUGUUACUUCAGUUUAACAAUGCAGUGUCAUGGAGUGUUGCCCAUUUACAAGAGAUGACUGGCAUUACUCAAGAUAUUCUUCUUCAAGUAGUUCAGAUCCUACUCAAGUGUAAGCUACUCAUAUCAGAAGAUGAUGAGGACAUCUCGUUGGAUUCACGGGUCAACCUUUUCCUUGGAUACAAAAACAAGAAACUCAGGGUCAACAUUAAUGUGCCAAUGAAGACAGAGAUGAAGAUUGAACAAGAGCUUACCCACAAGCAUAUUGAGGAAGAUCGUAAGCUACUGAUCCAAGCAGCCAUAGUUCGAAUUAUGAAGAUGAGGAAAGUGUGUAAGCAUCAGCAGCUCCUCAUGGAAGUUCUCAACCAGUUAACUCCAAGGUUCAAACCUCGCGUACCAACCAUAAAGAGAUGCAUUGAUAUCCUGAUAGAGAAAGAAUACCUAGAGAGAAUAGAUGGCCAGAAGGACACUUACAGUUACCUCGCAUAAGAUGUACGUGCAUAAAUAGAGAGACAUCAGGAAUCAAUAUGGCCAGAAUAGAGUAAGUAGGAGCAUAUGAAAGUGUGAUGUGAUUAGCCACUUCAGGCCUUAUAUAAUAAUCUGAGGUGUUUCUCAAAAGAAAAUAUAAGCAUCACAGUAUAUUCAUGCAAAGGCUUGUAUGUGCUGACCCAGUCACAAGUAUUGUCAACACAAUCACUAAUGCUCAUCAUAGUAAACAACUUGGUGGCCUAUUCAUCACCUAAAAGGUCAAACUGUUUGUUGAAAUUUAAAAAUGUUUUAUGGUUUAAAUAUUUUUCUCAAGCUUUAUGAUUUUCUAAAUAGGCUGAAUUCUUUCAGAUGAAUUUUUGAAUUUUGUUUUCCUUUAAAAGUACUGUACAUUAAAAUCCAUCCUACUAUGAUAUAUAUUCUUGCUAUAUAUUAUUUGGUUAUUUCAGCAAACAUUAAACUAAAGAAUACUUAAGCAGUCUCAUUUUCUGUUUUGUGACCAGAAAAGGGAGUCUGCAGUAAGGUGAAUCCCAUUCAAAAUAUUCUGAGUCAUGUGAUUCACAUCUCAGUGUAUUUGCAUCAGGCUAUUUUCCUGUUGCUCUUUGUGAAAUGCUCCAGUGUCUAUCUUUAAUUAUAAAAAAAAGGCUUUAUCUUAUUCCUGAACAUCAAAACAUUUUAUAAGAAUCGAGUCUUUCAGUCCCAGUUUGGGAAAUACCAGAGAUCCACUCAUUAGGCAUUUUAGGGCAUUUGAAUUACCAACAGUUCAGUUGUAGUGAAAUUGAAAUAUUUUCUCUAAAAAAAAAUGAUCAUUUCGAUUGUUUCUUUUCCUAAUGAGUACAGGAAAGGUUUCAUAAUUAAUGAAGGAAUCCGCUUUAUAGCAGUAUUUUUAUGACAAACUUGCUAUAAUGGUAAUUUAGUUUUGCAUAGUCCACAAUCCCAGAUUGACGUACUCUCACACACACACACACAUACACACUAUUGUAGUGUAUAAGAUGCUGUUUCUGUGAUCUGUUUGUUAAGGUGGUCCAGGGGCUGAUAUUCAUGACCUGUUCUCUCAUUCAGGGCUCAAUAAUUAAAGGGGAAUAAAUAUAAUAUAUAUAUAUUGAAUAUUAAAGAAACUUAUAAGAGUACUGUACUUACAAACAAGAUUGGAUCUGUCACAUCUUUGAAAUAUUGUAUGUCCAAUUUUUUUUUUUUUUUUUUUUAGAAACGUUAAUACUGUAUAAGUAGCCAAAAUCUCAGUUCACAUCUUUAUUGAACAAUGUAACAAAAAUUCAUAUCACAUAUCUUAAUCAAAAUGGUUUUAGUGUUAUGGAAUACAUAGAUAAUUUAGACUCUUUUGUUUCAGCAUUUUUCAGAGCUUUCUCAGAAAUGUUAUAUCGACAUUUUAUUGUCCACUGUUUCAGGGAAACGUGUUCAAAAUGCAAAAAAUUUGUACGAGCAUAGGGAUUUUAUCAAGAAGUAUUUCUUCAUACUAAGUAGGGUCAGGUUAUUAUUACAACAGAAAUUGACAACCUCAUUUCAUUAAUCUGAUUUAACCCAUUUAGUCUUUCAGGUCCCUAGAAAAAUCUUUAGUACAUAAUACAAAGUCCAAUUUUAAAGUAAAAUCAUUAUUUUCAAUGUCAAUUAGUGAAUUGUCCACACAGUCAUUUAUUGUAAUGAAGGUAUUGUGCUACUGGCAAUCUAUAAUGUCCUUUCUCAAAGUUUCUCAUGAUUUUGUUAAAUAUUUAUAUUGAAUGAGCUAUAUCCAUGCACUAUAACAGGGCUGUGGCAAGUAAUCACUCCAUAUAUUUUAAUGCUUGCAUUAUAUGCAUAUAUCAUGUAAUGCUGUUAUCAGCUGUCCAUCAGUAUCAAACAUUAUGUGGAGGAAAGUAUUGUGUGACACCUUGUACAUGGAGGGACUUAGCUCUCCUAUGUUGUACCCCAACUCAUAUUACACAUGAACUUGUGAUUUCAGUUGCAGGUGUGGUGCCACUUAAUUCACUCUGCCUCCUUCCUUCAUAGAGGGUAGUGCCACAGGACUGUUUUGUUUUUUCAUGCUCAUGAACUUCAUUUACCCACCACUGUUGUUACCCGUGGGAGCAACAGUAGAUUCACGUUAGGUUUGUGACAUACUUAGCCACACAUUUCCAUAGGUUUUACCUCAGUGAGGACUUUGUUUGUGGAGGCAAAUAAUGAGCUUUAUUGAUGUAAUACCCCAGGGCAUAUUAUCGCAGAACUGUCACAUGGCUGUCCCUCAGCUCACUGUAUAAUAGCAUUUUUAGCCUAAUAAGCCUGUUUCAGUGUUUUAAUCACAGAGUGAGAUUGUGUUUUGGAGCAAUUGUAAAUAUUGAAGUAUUGGCUGACCAUGUCAGUGGCUGAUGUUAUCAUGUGUAAUAUUUGUUAAUGCUGCUUAGAUAAAGGCAUGGCUUGGCAUGCAUUUCAGAAUUCAGAGGUCUUAAUUUAUGAGUAAGACAUUUCCAUGACAGGUAUAUGAUAAUCUGUUAGGAAGCAGCACCUUUUGAAUAGCACCCCCAUGCAGGUGGCUCCUCUGUUUUGGGUAAGAAUUUAUAAUGCAGGUAGUGAGGGACAGGAAGCAUCAUCUCUGUAAAUACUGUAGAGUUUUUAUGUAAAACCUUAAUGCUAUAGUAUCAACUGUUCUAGAAUACCAUUUUGUUGGCUUACGGGAUAGAAUAAAUUAUUUGAUGUUA